ACGUGCGCUGGCUCGGCGGGCCAUGGAGGCGGCGGGGCGCGGGCUGCGGGCGGGCGGCGGGACGCGGGCCGGGCGCGCCCCGCGGCUGCUGCUGCUGGCGCUGCUGGCGGCGGCGGGGGCGGCGGAGGAGCCGCGGCCGGCGCGGCAGCGGGGGGACGAGCAGUGCCAUUACUACGCGGGGGGGCAGGUUUACCCCGGGGAGGCGGCUCGCCUGCCCGUCUCCGACCACUCGCUGCACCUCAGCCAAGCCAAGAUCUCCAAGCUAGCACCUUACUGGGAAGGAACAGCAGUCAUUAAUGGAGAGUUUAAAGAGCUGAAAUUAACAGAUUAUGAAGGAAAAUAUCUUGUCUUCUUCUUCUAUCCUCUGGACUUUACAUUUGUAUGUCCAACUGAGAUCAUCGCCUUCAGUGACAGAAUUGAGGAAUUCAGAGCCAUAAAUACCGAAGUUGUAGCGUGUUCUGUGGACUCAAAGUUCACUCACUUAGCAUGGAUUAAUACCCCUCGAAAACAAGGGGGACUGGGACCUAUGAAGAUUCCACUUCUUUCAGAUUUGACACACCAAAUUUCAAAGGAUUAUGGAGUGUAUCUGGAAGAUCAAGGGCAUACACUUAGAGGCCUUUUCAUUAUCGAUGACAAGAGGGUCCUUCGACAGAUCACAAUGAAUGACCUUCCUGUUGGGAGAUCAGUGGAUGAAACGCUUCGUUUAGUACAAGCCUUCCAGUACACAGACAAGCAUGGAGAAGUUUGCCCUGCUGGUUGGAAACCUGGCAGUGAAACAAUCAAACCAGAGGAAGCCAUGAGAGUGUGGUGGCCAAGGGAAGAACUAUAAUUCCAGAUCCAGCUGGAAAACUGAAGUAUUUUGAUAAGCUAAACUGAGACUCACUUCUGUUCAGUUACACAGGUCACGUUCAACUUGAAUUUUCCCAAUAAAAUUUCAUUAAUUUUGUUA